UGCCGACGUCUGAAAUUCUCCACCGAGAUUGAUGGAUAUGCUCUUCAAUUUCACGUGAUAAAGAGAUAUAAUCUUUCUAUUUACCUAGGACCAUCAGUGCGUAGUGCCUGUACUCAUCGAUGUAUAAUGGACCCCGUGUGUGUAUCCAUCAACAUCGACCCACCAACUGACGAGAAGUUUAUUUGCGAGCUUAGCGAUUCAGACCAUACGGAACACCCUGAAGAUCUUAAAGAGCGGGAAGGCUUUCUGUACAUAGGCACUGAGAACCCGUGCUUCAGUAACCCAUGCCUUCAUGAUUCAAUUUGUCUGAACGGAUAUACGGACAAACAGUAUCUCUGUGAGUGCCGAGCUGGUUACGCGGGGGAACGAUGCGAAAAAGAUGUCGACGAGUGUACCAUCAAAACAGACAACUGCAGUCUCCAUGCAAUCUGUAAUAAUAAAGAGGGAUCCUUCAAUUGUAGCUGUAAGGAUGGAUUUAGUGGAGAUGGCAUCAAUUGCACUGAUAUCGACGAGUGUGCCAUCAAAACAGACAACUGCAGUCUCCAUGCAAUCUGUAAAAACACUGAGGGANAACUGAUAUCUGAGGCUGGGUCCAGAGUCCAGUGUUUAUUUUGCAGUUGCCCAAAUAUAUUAAUUUAUUAUCUCUGUUUAGAUAUCGACGAGUGUGCUAUCAAAACAGACAACUGCAGCCUCCCUGCAAUCUGUAAAAACACUGAGGGAUCCUUCAAUUGCAACUGCAGGGAUGGAUUUAGUGGAGAUGGCAUCAAUUGUACUGAUAUCGAUGAGUGCGCCAUCAAAACAGACAACUGCGGCCUCCAUGCAAUCUGUAGUAACACUGAGGGAUCCUUCAAUUGUACCUGCAAGGAUGGAUUUAGUGGAGAUUGCAUCAAUUGUACUGGUAACUAUCAACUUCUAUUCCAUCUAUAUUUGAGCAAAUGUUGUUUGUUAAAUCAUGACGAUAGUAAAUAUAUUGAUAACGAUAAAGAAAUAUUCUGCACAGGGGUGCAAAUAAGAGCAAAAUGUUCUGCUAAACUUUCUGUCAACACACCAAUAUUUGUUCGUCUUUACCUAACUUCUUCGCCCCAAGUGGUGCAUAAGGUGUCAACAUUCUGUCGCCAACCAGCUCUGUCGGCCGCUGCACCUCCGGCGCCCUUCUGGUGUCCACGUCAUUGCAGUCCUACAGCCAUUGUCAUAUCCUUUCGUCAUAAUGUGUCCGAUGAACUUCCAUCUUCUCCUUCUGACAUCUUCUCUAAGGUUUUCCAUCUUGGCCAUCUCCAUCACUUGUUUGUUGAUAUCGACGAGUGUGCCAUCAAAACAGACAACUGCAGUCUCCAUGCAAUCUGUAAAAACACUGAGGGAUCCUUCAAUUGUAGCUGCAAGCAUGGAUUUAGUGGAGAUGGCAUCAAUUGUACUGAUAUCGAUGAGUGUGCCAUCAAAACAGACAACUGCGGCCUCCGUGCAAUCUGUAAUAACACUGAGGGAUCCUUCAAAUGUAGCUGCAAGGACGGAUUUAGUGGAGAUUACAUCAAUUGUACUGGUAACCAUCAACUUCUAUUCCAUCUAUAUCUGAGCAAAUAUUAUUUGUUAAAUCAUGGCGGUAGUAAGUAUAUUGAUAACGAUAAAGAAUAUUCUGCACGGGGGUACUGCUAA